AUGCCCACGGCUUUCGGAGGCCAUGGUCGGGGCACGGCCUCGUCCCGGUUCACGCGAGAGGCAGGGGGAGCCAGCACGUCGAGUCAAGGCAGCGGAGGCGCGACGCCCAAUUCACCCCCGAGUUCGACUUCGCCCUCGCUCCCCGGUGGCUCCAACAUGAUGUGGAGCGGCGCGUUGAGUCAACGCUCGAACGGGAGCGGGGUCCGAAACUCCAUCGCGAGUACGAACUCGUUCGACGCCACCAAGGCCAAGAGUGGGGGUGCACCCGGGUUGUUCUCGUUGGUUGGGUUGGCUCAGCCGACUUUGGAGGUGAGUUCCGAGGACGUCACGAGAGCCUCCGAAUUGGACGGCUCGGCGAAUUUGAAACGGAUAAAGUUGGGGAAGGGCUGUGUGGAAUGUCGACCACAUUCCUCUAGGGGAACGAGAAGCUGAAGGCCUGACAAAAAAUACUCUGGUACGCUCCAUAUUCGAUGUCUAGGUCCACCUCGCCGAAGACCUCCUGUUCCUUCACCCCGCCGCACCGGACGAAAUCUCCGAUGACCCCGUCGUGCAAGGCACCGUAACCCUGUAUCUCUCCAAGAAACGCAACCUCACCCAUCUGGCGGUCAAGUUGAUCGGGCGUCAGGACAUCUCGUGGGGUGAUUCGUCGCCGUAUGAGAGCUCCAUCACGUUGGAUAAGGAGGUGCAGCUGCUCGCUAAAGGGCAAGAGCUCGUUUUGGAAAAGGGGUGCGUGGGACCGCUCGUGGUGCUUCUUUCAAGGCAAUACGGGUCAAAUGCUGACGUUUUUUGGCGCCUUGAUAUGUACAGGUACCACAAAUUCGAGUUCGAGUUUUUGGUACCGAGUUCGACACCGCCAUCGUGAGUGCAAGCUGCCCACGGAGAUGGCUUGACUUAUACCCGUGCUGACCGUCACCGAGGUGGAUAGUGAGCGGUCCGUAUUUGGUCGCGUGCGGUACACGAUUGUAGCCAAAUCAAAAGGUCUCGGUCAACUCAACGGUGAUAUUUCGUCGCACGAGAAGCUGUUAUUCCUAGCCACCAACGCAAGUACAAAUCCGACACUUUCUGUAGGCCGAGAUGACACUCUGACCUUGCCAAUUCUUGACGAUUCAUCGUAUAUCUAGCCCGGUGGCGCUGGCCCAUCUCGACCGCCUCCUCCCUUGGAUCAUCGUCAUGAAGGUCUUGUCGAUGACCUCGGCUUGUACACGAUGGCGUGCCAGUCGACCUACAGCAUGGUCAGCGGACUCGUCCUCCUCCGCUUCGAGCUUGUCGCACCCCCGUCCCAUGUCGUCCUCUACGCUAUCAAGGUCAAGAUCAAUCAAUACUUCCACCUCAUUUCCCCUUCGGACCCCAACAAGAGGUCAUCACCACCCGUCGACGUCAAGACCGUCAUGCAUCUCGACGGUACGCGUCCGCCGAACUUUGGCAAGGUUGACGAAGCAGUGUUGGCUUCGUAUGCGGCGGCGAGGAACGAUCCGACCAAGGCGUCGUCGCCGCUCAAAGUGCUCCAACCGGGCGAAGGCUACAAGAUUCACCACUUGGCUCGGUUCCCGAACGACACAGUUUUGAGACCAUCGACCCCAACAUGGAGCAAUGCCUCGAUUCGCGUCCGACACGUCGUCGCGCUUGAAUUGACCUAUCGCGUCCUGAGUCCCGAGGAAAUUCGCGAUGGUCAGCUGGUGAACAAGGUCAAGGAAAGGGACGACAAGGGCAAAGAGAAGAUCAAGGAUCGCAAGAAGCUCGUCGUGUCGAGACCGUUCGAGAUCUUUUCGUGCAUGUGCUUUGUCGAUUCCUUGUCCUUGCCGGCGUACACUCGGGUCGAUCCCAACUUGUCGCCGACGGGUCCGUUGCCGAGGGUCACUUCUUCAGAUGGCUUGUUGCAGAGGUUCGAUGUCGGGACGGAUGAGCCGGAGAAGCCACCUCCUUGUGUUUGCGGAUACCAGUUCAGGCAGUGAGUCUUCACAAAAUGCUUCUGUUUCGCUUCCGAUUAGUCCGCGAUGCUGACCCUCUGCGAUUCUUCGAUAGGGUGAUCAAAUUCCACGGUGCCGAUCUCUUGCGCGAGCCAGGCGAAGAGGGCCUUACCUACCCCAUCGUCAAGGACUCUGACAGCCCCGUCACCUCGCCCAGUGCGACCUAUCGAGAAACGCGAUCCAACCCCUUCUUCCGUCGCGAGGCCUCCUACAAGGAUCGCUUGGGGCUCGGCUCAAUGAGCCCGACGAGCCCAUCCCUCGGUGCUGCUUCGAGUAGUCCUUCCAUCUCGCCGCCUGUGCAAGAUGCGAGUCGCUCGAACAGCGCCUGA